CAACCAAACUUUGUGUUUAUCUUAACCGAUGAUCAGGACUUGCAUAUGGACUCAUUGGACUACAUGCCGUUGCUCCAUAAACAUAUUAUUCAGGAGGGUACUCUUUUCGACCACCAUUACUGCACGGUAUCGAUUUGCUGCCCCAGUCGAGUGAACAUCUGGACAGGCUUGACUGCACACAGGACCAAUGUGACGGACUUGUUCCCCCCAUAUGGCGGCUACCCAAAGUUCGUACGAGAGGGCCUCAAUGACAAUUGGCUUCCAGUAUUCCUGCAGCAGCUGGGCUACAACACUUAUUAUACUGGGAAAUUAUUCAACUCACACAAUGUGGACAACUACAACGACCCUCCCGUCAACGGCUUCAAUGGAUCCGACUUCCUUCUUGAUCCAUAUACAUACUCCUACUAUGGGUCCUACAUGAGCCGGAACUUCGAGCCUCCCGUCAGCUAUGAAGGUCUAUACUCGCCCGAUGUGAUCGCCGAAAAGGCAUAUGGCUUUUUAGAAGAGGCAUCUCAGCACGCAAAUCCAUUCUUCAUCGGAGUGGCUCCCAUCGCACCGCACGCCGACGCCGACCCGAGAAAAGGAAGGCAAAUGUCAAUUCCAUUAUCCGCGGCUCGGCAUCAACACCUUUUCAAGGAUUACAAGAUCCCACGUACUGCCAACUUCAAUCCUUCCCGGGCUUCCGGCGUCGGUUGGACAAAGCAGCUUGAGCGAUUAAAUGACACCGUGAUCGAGUAUAACGACGAAUUCCAGCGAGGAAGAAUAAGGGCAUUGCAGGCUGUCGAUGAAAUGGUGGAAGGGAUUGUCAGUAAACUCGAAGCAAAGGGUUUGCUGGACAACACCUAUGUAAUUUACACCACCGACAACGGCUACCACAUCAGUCACCAUCGACUGCCUCCAGGGAAGGAAUGUCCCUUUGAAACGGACAUUCAUAUUCCCCUGGCCAUUCGUGGACCAGGAGUCCCGAUUCGUCAUGUCGCAGGGGUCGUAUCCUCGCACACGGAUCUCACACCGACUAUCCUCAAGCUUGCUGGUAGCGAUCGACGUGAGUCACGUGACCUAGACGGCAGUCCAAUACCGCUGACCGAAGAAGAGCUAAGAGACCCAGACGUUGGAGAACAUGUGAAUGUUGAGUUCUGGGGUCAAGCCCUUCCAGAGGGGAAAUACGGCAAGCUGGGUAAUUCUACUUUUCGCACCGGUGGGCCACCCAUCGUCGCUCGAAACAAUACGUACAAGGCUUUGCGAUUGAUUGGCGAUGGGUACAAUCUGCUAUACGUUGUCUGGUGCACUGGGGAUAAGCAAUACUACGACCUCAAUCGCGACCCCGACCAGAUCGAGAACCUCCUAGACCCGGACUUCGCCCGACUUGCAGAGCGUUAUAGCCUUGCCGGUCGUCCCUUUAAGCAUGUCGUUGACCGCCUCGACUCGCUGCUCAUGGUGACGAAGUCGUGCAAAGCACACUCUUGCAGAAGACCUUGGGAGACAUUGCACCCGAAUGGCCACGUCAAAACUUUGAAAGACGCCUUGAGCUCCCGGUACGAUGCUUUCUAUGAUGGGCAAAGCAAGGUCGGCUUCUCGUCGUGUCCGCUUGGUCAUCUUGUCGGCGAGGAAGGACCACAAGAAGUCACUGCAUGGACUGGCGAC